UAAUGGGUGAAUUGAGUGUGUAAAAAUUGUCCUACAUAAAUGGUAUGGUUUGUUGGAUUGAAAUUUAAUGAUGAAAUGAGAUCAUCAACGAACCCCCCAAUUGGUUCAUGUGGCGAUGCCGAAAAGCCGAGACCAUAGCCCUCCCUUUGCCGCACGUCUCUUUCCUUCCCUUCCCUUUCUCUCCCCAAACAUCAGAUUCCUUUGAUUUUUUUUUUUUAAAAAAAAGGAAGAAGAAGAAAUUCCUGCUUAAGAAAAUUGAACUCAAUAAUCAACGGUCAUGGCUGCAUCGAGGCCACCCCGAUCGGUCUUUGCCAGGGACAUUUCCGUCGGUUGCGAAAGGUUGGAAGGUGCUGGAAGCUGGGACACCCUGGAAUGGACCAAAAUUGAGCCAGUUACGAGGUCGGUUUCGCAUGUCAAUCUCGAGUUUUUGCUUGAAGCUGAGCGAGUUGAAGUGGAGGGUCAUGGCGUUGUACUUGUUAAUACUGAUGAGGCUGGAACCUUGUUUGUUACAAACUUUCGUCUUCUCUUUCUUAGUGACGGGACCAGAAAUAUUGUUCCGCUAGGUACCAUUCCACUGGCAACAAUUGAGAAGUUCAACAAAAUGGUAGCAAAAGUUCAAUCUAAUUCACGCCAAACUAACAAGUCUUCAUCACGCCGUCUUCUCCAGAUCAUUGGAAAAGAUAUGAGAAUUAUUGUGUUUUGUUUUCGCCCUCGAACAAAGCAGAGACGUGUAAUAUAUGAUGCAUUGUUGAGAUGUACAAAGCCAGAAAGAAUUUGGGAUCUUUACGCUUUUACUUGUGGACCAUCCAAAUUUAGUAACCCAAACCCAAAGGUGCGGUUACUGAAUGAGUACUUUCGCCUUCUUGGAAACCGUUACCAUCAUGCAUCAAUGAGUAUGAUUGAAGAUGGUUCCUUUGCAUUGUCUAAUGAUUUGUGGAGAAUAAGUGAUAUAAAUUUCAACUAUGCACUGUGCCAAAGUUAUCCGUUUGCAUUGCUUGUUCCAAAAACUAUUAGUGAUGAAGGAAUUAUCCAAGCUUCAAAUUUUCGUGCAAGGUCUAGGGUACCUGCAAUUUCUUGGUGUCACCCUGGAACUGGAGCAGUUCUUGCACGUUCAUCUCAACCUUUAGUUGGUCUUAUGAAUACGAGGAGCAAUGCAGAUGAAAAGUUGGUUGCUGCACUUUGUGCUCGAUUCGUUGAUGGAAAGGAUUCAAGGAGGAAGCUAUAUAUUGCUGAUGCGAGACCAAGGAAAAAUGCAUUGGCGAAUGGAGCAAUGGGAGGGGGCUCGGAGUCAUCUUCAAAUUAUUUUCAAUCUGAGAUAGUUUUCUUUGGGAUAGACAACAUACACGCAAUGAGAGAAAGUUUUGCUCGGUUUCGAGAAUAUUUAGAUACUCAUGGUGCUGCGUCAUCAGAUGGAAUGUCUUCAUUCUUGAGACAUGGUGGUUGGACUUGGGGUGGGGGAAAUCUCAGCAGUAUGUCUGCUUCAGUAUCAACCCUCGGUGACAGUGGUUGGUUAAUACAUGUUCAAAGUGUCUUGGCUGGUUCUGCUUGGAUUGCUGCACGUGUUGCUUUAGAAUCUGCAGCUGUGCUUGUACAUUGCAGUGAUGGAUGGGAUAGAACAAGUCAGCUGGUUUCACUUGCAAACCUAAUGCUUGAUCCAUAUUACCGCACAUUCACUGGUUUUCAGGCACUUGUUGAAAAAGAUUGGCUAGCUUUUGGGCAUCCAUUUUCAGAUCGUGUUGGAAUGCCAAGCAUCUCUGGAUCUUCAUUUGAAUUAACCAGACAUGCUUCUACAGGAAGUUUUUCAACAUCACCCUUACGCCAAGCUUCAGGAUCAUUCUCACCUCAAGCAUCCAAUUCGUCUCAUGCACAGAACAAUUAUUCUCCCAUAUUCUUGCAGUGGGUUGAUUGCGUUUCACAGUUGUUAAGGAUUUACCCAUUUGCUUUUGAGUUCUCCUCAACUUUCCUGGUCGAUUUCUUGGAUUGUGUGCUUUCUUGCCGUUUCGGAAAUUUCUUGUGUAACAGUGAGAAGGAGAGACAAAUGUGUGGUGUGGAUGAAGCUUGUGGAUGCAUGUGGGCCUAUUUGGCUUAUCUGCGUUCUUCGGAGGGAAGGUCCCACACCCAUUAUAACCUCUUUUAUGAUCCACUGAAACACAAUGGCCCACUUUUACCUCCAGCAGCUGCUUUAGCCCCAAUGGUUUGGCCCCAAUUUCAUCUUCGUUGGGCAUGUCCUUUUGAAUCGCAAGCCAGUGAGCUCGAGGCCGAAUGCCGGAACAUGGCUAUGAAGUUUUCCGAACUGCAAAAGGCUAAAGAAGUGGCUGAGAUGAAAGCUAAAGAAUACUUGGCGGCCAUGGAAAUAUUGAAUGCAGAUCUACAAAACGAGAAACUGGUCAGCAGCUCAGCGAUGAACUUGGCAAAGAGAGCCAGCAAGGAAAGUGCUGCUAUACAGAGAGUCGUUGAGUCAUUGGGGUGCAGGGUUAAUUUUACAAAUAGCAUUGAUUGUACCGUUGAUGGCCGCGAAAACAGUCCAACAGAAACUUCGCAAAGAUUCUCUCUUCCUAGAAGAGAAUCUGAAGGUACGACGGGACGCGAUGACAAAUCAGAUUUAUCGGUUUCGAUUACAGUUGUAACAGAUGAUGUUGCUCGUAGCAGUCCACUUGGUCGAGUCUGUGAAACUUUGUGCCCUUUGCGUGCUCAAGGCAGGGGCUGCCAGUGGCCGGAUGCUGCCUGUGCUCAGCUUGGUAGCCAGUUUGUCGGACUGAAGGCAAACUUCGAUGCAUUUGAACGGCUUUCUAUUUACGACCACUAUUUUCAGUCAGAUGAAAUUUUGGAUAUGUAGGUGAGCAAAAAGUAACCCGUUUUUGCCUUGAUAAUCAGAUUUGGUUCAAGAAACUGGAAUCUUGUCUUCUAGAAGCAGGUCUGGAGAUGGUGAAACAAAGACAAACUGACCCUAGAUUUUUGGACGGGUUUCGGGAUACGUUGUACAGACAACAUAGAGUCGAUUCGAUUGUUAUCGAUCUAGUUUUAGAUACCAUUGAGGGACAGAAGCAAGAAAGUGUAGAUUCGAGAGGCAAUGCAGCUAAUGGCCGUUCAUUUCUUGGUCACUUUGUUGAUGAGGUAUAUUUUUAUUAGCUAUUUACUUGAUUUUUUUCUUGAACGAAGAUUUGUUUGUGUACAGUUUUUAGACUAUUCCAAAUAUGGCCACGUUAUUGAA